AUGAAUAAAUCAAUCUUCGUGUGGAAUUGCCAAGGGGCAGCAUCUAAUAGUUUCCACAGGAUGUUGAAAUCCCUCCUACAAGGCUACAGACCUGAAAUCAUUGUUCUUGUGGAGCCUAGAAUUUCUGGAAUUAAGGCAAAUAAAGUAAUCAAGAAGCUUGGCUACCCGCACUCUCAUAGAGUGGAAGCUUCUGGUUUCUCUGGAGGUAUUUGGCUCAUGCGGUCAACAAAUGUUCUGGUUAGCGUUCUGAACAACCAUCAACAAUUUAUACACACUUCUAUCUCUGACAGCACAGGAGGCAGCAAAGCUCUUUUCACGGCAGUCUAUGCAAGUCCUAACCCCUCUAUGCGAGAAACCUUAUGGGCAGAUCUAAUUAAUUUGGAACGGGAUGAUAAUGCUACGUGGCUUCUUGCUGGUGACUUCAAUGCUACAAUUGCUCAUGAUGAGCGUAAGGGAGGUUCGAAGCUGAAUCAAUCGGGCUGCAAGAAAUUCCACCACUUUUCUCAAAGACUAGGCUUGCUGGAUCUAGGAUAUAUUGGGCCGCGCUUCACAUGGCAACGAGGUAACCUCAUGGUGCGCCUGGAUCGGGCCCUGUGUAACGAAAAAUGGCUUAUGGAACAACCUACUACCCAUGUGCUACAUCUCCCAAAGGCUCAAAGUGACCAUAGGCCUCUACUCAUUAAGGCUAAAAAUGGUGGUAGCAGAAACAAUCCAACCUUCUGCUUUCUGGCCUCUUGGAUUCUCCACCCUGAUUUUCAUAAUCUAGUUUCAAACAGCUGGGCCAGCAACAAAUGCCUCUCGGAGAAUAUUUCUCUAUUUGUGGAAAAGGCCCAACACUGGAACCGAGAAACUUAUGGACAAGUUGGAUAG